AUGACGAAGCGCACCAAGAAGGUCGGCGUGACCGGUAAAUACGGUACCAGAUAUGGUGCUUCUCUGCGUAAGCAGGUGAAGAAGAUGGAAAUCACCCAGCACGCCAAGUACACCUGCACAUUCUGCGGCAAGACCACCGUCCGCCGCAACGCUGUCGGUAUCUGGGACUGCAAGGCCUGCAAGAAGACCGUCGCCGGUGGUGCCUACACCGUCUCCACUCCCGCCGCUGCCGCCAUGAGAUCGACACUGCGCAGACUGAGGGAGAUCGCGGAGGUUUAG